AUGUCUUCAUCAAUAAAACAUCUUGUUGUUAUAAUUGAUCUUAAUCCAUUAUAUUGGUCUGAUAAAGUUUCAUCAACAACAACAUUAAAUUUUAAACAAUAUCUUAAAAUAAUAAUUCAAUUUUGUAAUGCAUAUAUUGCAUUUGAUAUAAAUCAUCGUUUAACAAUAAUUGGUUGUUCAAAUAAUGAAACAUAUUUUCUUUAUCCUGAUUCAAUAAAUGAAUCAUUAAUUAUACCAACAGUAACAAAAACAAAUCUAUUUGAACAAUUAUUUGUUAUUGAUCGUAUUGUAGAAAAUAAUCUUAAAGAAUUUAUACAAAAUUUAUCAUCAACACAUACAUCAUCUGGUUCAAUGAUAACAAUGGCAUUAACACAAGCACUUUGUUAUAUUAAUCGUCUUAUACAUGAUACAUUACCAGGUGAAAAAAAUUCAUUUAGAAUAUUAAUUAUUCAAACAACAACAGAUACAUCAAAACAAUAUAUGAAUUUUAUGAAUGCAGUUUUUACAUCAGAAAAAAUUAAUGUACCUAUUGAUGGUUGUAUACUUAACAAUGAUUCUAGUCUUUUACAACAAGCUUGUGAUUUAACAUCAGGUAUAUAUUUACGUGUACCAGAUCCUAAUGGUUUACUACAAUAUUUACUUUGGCUUUAUUUAACUGAUAAAGAAGUUCGUAAAAUGCUUGCAUUACCAACAAAAGUAGCUGUUGAUUAUCGUCCAGCAUGUUUUUGUCAUCAUAAAUUAAUUGAUACAGGUUAUGUUUGUUCCGUAUGUUUAUCUAUUUAUUGUGAUAAUGCAUCAACAUGUUCAACAUGUCGUUCAGCUUUUGAUAUAAAUAAUCAAUCGAUUUCAAAUUCGAAUGGAUCAAGUGAUUUAUCUAGACGACAACCUCGUUAA